GGAAAUAAAAAUAUUAUUCUGAGGACUCGUCGAUACUACUACACAACAAACAGGUCAUGUCUCCUCCAACGAACAUGUCCAGGUUCGCCACGGCGCGGCAAUCCUCGUAUGGCACCCUGCCAGUGCCGUCCGUCUUCACCAAGAAGCGCGCCAGCUUUAGCCUGCUGGCAGCUAUCAUUGUGACGGGGGCAUGUCUGUCUAUCUUGCUGUGCGUGGCAACCUCGCCGGUGAGCUGGUCGUCGUCGCCGCCGAGAAUGCGUUUGGCUGCCGAGUCGGUGGUUCCCCUCACUUCGGCGCAGCUGAUCCAGCCGAGACAGAUCCAUCUUGCGUACGCCGGAGCUACGCCUGGUACCGGCAUGACCGUGUCCUGGGCUUCGUAUCGCCGAGUGAACGACAGCACGCUGUGGGUGGGCACAUCCCCCACAGACCUCACUCUUGCCACCGUGGCCGCCGAAACCGUGUCUUACUACGCCGACGACGUGUACUCGCUCUUCACCUACCACGCCACAUUGACCGGCCUGACGCCUCGAAGCAAGUACUUCUACCGCGUCGGGAGCGCAUCUGAUGCGUCGAAUGUGUCCCCAGUGUACCACUUUCACACGGCCCGAGAGCCCCGCGACGACGACGAUACUUCGUUUGAGAUUGCCGUGUAUGCGGAUUUUGGCGAACGAAACGCCCAAGACACGGUGUCGCUCUUACUCGGGUUAAAAGAACGAUUCGACUUUAUCUGGCAUGUGGGCGAUAUCAGUUAUGCCGACAAUGCCUUUCACACGUUAAAUGCCGACACUGCUGCCUUGGGCUUUGUAUACGAAAAAGCUUAUAAUGCCUGGAUGGACGCAUUAGGUCCUGCCAUGAGUCAGGUUCCGUACAUGACCACCGUGGGCAACCACGAAGCCGAGUGCUACUCGCCCAUUUGCUUGUACUCGCCCGAAAAGCAAGCGCAGCUGAGCAACUAUUCUGCUUACAACGCUCGCUUCCGGAUGCCAUCCGGAGACUCGCACGGCGCGGCCAAUAUGUGGUAUUCGUGGUCUCACGGGUUCGUGCACUUCAUCUCUGUGAGUUCCGAGACCGAUUACGACGGCGCGCCAACCAACAACAAGGGCACAAAGGUUCGGAAUGGUGGAUUUGGCGACCAGUUGGCGUGGUUACAAGCUGAUUUGGCCCGAGUGAACCGAAGCGAAACCCCGUGGGUUAUACUGGGCUCCCAUCGGCCAAUAUAUGGACUUAAGGUGUACAAGCCGAACGGGGACCCUAAAACCAAGCAUCGGGCGCUGCUAAAUGCGUUUGAACCGCUGCUUCUCAAGUACAAAGUGGACGCAGUUGUGUCGGGGCACCAGCAUGCUUAUGAACGGCACUUACCCAUCGCAUACAAUGAACCAGUGGUUGCGGGGGUGAGUGCCGACAAGGCGGUGUACGAAUCGCCCCGUGCCCCGGUGUACAUUGUCUCGGGCAGUUGCGGAUCCACGGGCGGCCAUGAACCGUAUGUGGAUGUGGCCGCCCAGACGUGGAAUGUCAUGUAUGACAAUGUACAUUUUGGCAUUUCGACGCUCAAAGUCAACAAGACCGCGCUGGAAUGGUCCUUUGUGCACGCGGCGGACGGAGCCAUAAUCGACCGCUUUGUCAUGACUAAACAAUAGACUCAUAAAGUAUCACUGUGUGCUUGUAUACAUAUUCGAAG